AUGCAGGCUGAGGAAUAUAACCGACGAGGUAAGGAGUUGGUGGACUACAUCACAAAGUAUUUGGGCUCCAUCCGGGAGAGACGGGUGAUUCCAGAUGUGAAGCCGGGUUAUAUGAGGGCGCUACUCCCAGACACUGCCCCCACAGAGCCGGAGAACUGGGAGAGCAUAUUUGAUGACAUCGAGAAGGUCAUCAUGCCAGGAGUGGUCCACUGGCAGAGUCCUUUCAUGCAUGCCUACUACCCCAGUCUGACUUCGUGGCCUUCCAUGCUGGGGGACAUGUUGGCGGAUGCCAUCAACUGUGUUGGUUUUACUUGGGCCUCCAGUCCCGCAUGCACAGAAUUGGAAAUGAAUGUGAUGGAUUGGCUUUGUAAAGCAUUGGGGCUUCCAAAUUUCUUCCUCCAUUACCACAGUGAGAGCCGGGGAGGAGGUAUAAUACAGAGCACAGUAAGCGAGAGCACACUGGUUGCUCUGCUGGCAGCCAGGAAAGACAAAAUUCUGCAGCUGCGAGCCGAUUUGGACCAUGAUAUGGAUGACUCCGUCUUGAAUUCAACACUGGUGGCUUAUGCUUCAGAUCAGGCACACUCUUCAGUGGAGAAGGCAGGUCAGAUCUCGCUGGUGAAGAUUCGGUUUCUUCCCACGGAUGAGCAUCUCUCUCUGAGAGGAGACAUGUUGAAAAAGGCGAUACAAGAGGACAGGAGGAGAGGACUGGUUCCUUUUCUGCUAUGUGCCACAUUGGGAACCACGGGGGUGUGCGCCUUUGAUACUCUCUCCGAAUUGGGACCAGUGUGUGCAGAAGAGGGACUUUGGCUCCAUGUGGAUGCUGCGUAUGCUGGCUCAGCAUACUUCUGUCCAGAGCUGCGCUGGUCUCUUGAAGGAAUUGAAUUCGCACACUCGUUUGUCUUCAACCCAUCAAAAUGGAUGAUGGUUCAUUUUGAUUGCACAGCUUUUUGGGUCAAGGACAAACUGAAACUCCAACAGACAUUCAGUGUUGACCCUGUUUAUCUCAGACACGAAAAUUCCCAAGCAGCCACAGACUUCAUGCACUGGCAGAUUCCACUCAGUCGUCGCUUCCGCUCUCUGAAGCUUUGGUUUGUCAUGCGUUCCUUUGGACUGAAAAACCUCCAGGGACACAUCAGACAUGGUAUUGAGAUGGCAAAGCUGCUGGAGUCUUUGAUAAGAAGUGACCCGAACUUUGAGGUUCCUGCAAAGAGAUAUCUUGGUCUGGUUGUUUUCUGUCUCAAGGGAGGUAAUGCUUUAACCCAAGAACUGCUACGGAGGCUGACACGCUCUGGUGCCAUGUACCUCAUUCCAGCAGACAUUUACACCAAGCGCAUCAUCCGAUUCACCGUGACCUCACAGUACACCACGGCAGAUGACAUCCGCAGAGACUGGAACUUAAUAUCCAAAAUAGCUUCCAAUUUAGUUGCUGAAACACAUGCUCCUAAUAGUUCUAACAUGUCAGGAGGCAGGGGGAAAGGUGAUGAGGAGAACGCUGGCGUCAGGCCUCAGGAGACUGAGGAGACGGCACCAAGAAUGGACAAAGCCCAAGUAGAGCUUUGGAUAGAUAAGGCUUGGAAUCAAUCCAGGAGGCCGAUGCGUUCUCUGAGCUGCAACAGCGAGCCGCUGCCAUAUAGUUACUUCGGUCCAAGAACCGGUUACGCCUUCGAAACAAAGCUGAGCCCUCAUGAUGAAGUCAUCCCCGCGACGACAGAGGUUGCCCUUUCGGGAAAGACGGCAGAGAUGCCCUCCAAGCAAAUCGUGAAAAAGCUGACCAAGUUUAACAGUGUUCCGAGUUUCUGCAAUCAAUGGGUGCAGGGGAGCCGUCACCAACUGUGUUGUUCAAUAAGAGUGUCACAGGCACCAAAACACUUGAGCUCUACUUGUAGAAGGAUAAACUGUACACCUUCAGCCAAUGAAAACACAACAGCAUCUCUUACUCCAAUGGAAACUACUACUGCUCCCAAACUGUGA